GUGACGACUGCGGAAGUGAACCGCUGUUGAGGCUGCAGGGAACCAAAACACGGAUUCCUCUCAGACCUUUCGGCAAAUUCAUUUGUGGACAUUCGUGUGAAAUUCAUUCAGUUGCAUUCUUUGGACCUUGGUGACCCUUAGGUGGUGAAUCCGUAAACAAUGGAGGAGCCCGGUGGUUCAGGAGGGCAGUCUAUGACUCCAACCUCUGCAGGUGCAAAGUCAAAGCUGGACAACUUGUCCAAAGAUGACCUGAUAAAGUUCGCAAAGAAACAGAUGGCAGCCAUCCAAAAAAUGAAGAGUAAAUGUGCAGAAUUAGAGAAGGAUGUUGAAACUUUAAAACAGCAGUCCCAAUCUAGCAAUGGCAGCGAUGACUCAUUGAUACAGGAGCUGACAGAAAGGAUGGAUGCGUUGCUCUUGGAAAAGGCAGAAACACAGCAAAGUCUGGCGAUGUCUCGAAAAGACGUAGAGAAAACCAAACAGCAAGCCAAGGAGGAUGUCGCGGCAUUAGAAGAUGAGUUUAACUGUGUCAGAGAAGAACUUCAAAACAAGAUCAGGAGCCUUGAAGUCCUGAUUGAAGAAGCCAACAAUAAACAAGGGGCCCAGGAACUUCACUUCCAGACUUUGCUGCAUGAGCGAGAAGAGAAUGAUAGAGCCAGAGAGAGUGAAAGAGAGAAGGAGCGAUUGGAAGAGCAGCGCAUCCUAACGGAAAAGGAGGAAGUUCAGCGAAAACUUGAUGAAAAGGUGGAAUCGUUGCAAGAAGAGCUGGAGGUGAUUCGAGAAAAAUGCACCCAGAGCAUGACUGAGCUGCAAGAGAGCCACCAACGAGAACUGACCAAGACCCAGCAGGAGGUGGAGAACCUCAAGGAGGAGCUGGUUCAGAGAAACAUGCAGCAUGAGGAGGAGUUGAAGGCAGUGGAGGAUGAUUUUGAGAUGGAGAGAGAGCGUCUUCUUCUUCUUCAAGAUGAGCUAACAGAACAACUUGCUCUCAAAGAAAGCCAUCUGCAGGAUGUUCAGGAGGAAGAGGAGGAACCUGCUCAGAGCUCAGGAAUCACCAGAAUGCUGGAACUGUCUGGAUACAGUCAAGGGAACUUCGGUCAUGUAAACGGAGAAGAAAGUGAGACUGGAAAACUGAAAGUAGCUCUGGAAGAUCUUCAAGCACAGAACACAAUGCUUCGAGAUGAGCUCACUUUGCUCAACAAUGUUAAGAAUGAGCUUGAAGCCGAGCUGGAGAGGGUCAAGGACGAGUCCUUGGUCGAGAAGGAAGAACUGGAAUUCAAAAUCAAUGAGAUGCAGAUGAACCGGGAAGGCGUUGUGGCUGACUUGAGUCAAUCACCAGACACUGACAAGGACGCUGAUCUUGUGACAGUGGCUGACACUGAAGGUAUUCAGCUAUCGGGUGGAGAACAUAAACCUGAUGAGGAUGUUUCUCCUUUAGUGGCCAACCAUGUCAAAGAAUCAAGCGUUGAUCUGGAGGAGCUCGCUAUGUUGAAAUCCCAGUGUGAAACACUGACCAAAGAACGAGACUGUGCUUUGGAGGAUUGCCAGAAGUUGAGAGACAUUCUGCAGAGUUUUGAGACAGAACUUGGUGAGAAAACAAAUGAGUUUGUUCUUCAGUACAAUGCCAUGAAGGAGCAGGGGGCGAAUACUCUUCGUGAGCUCCAAGAGCAAAUUGACCAACUCAGCCAAGAAAAAGAUGGACUACUGUCGAAAAUGAGUGACGUAUCAGAUGAGAAGAAAGCAAUCUUGGAUGACGUGGAAGACUUGAAGAAGAAGCUGGAAUGUUCACUUGGUGAAAUCCAGAAAUAUCAGGCCUCUCUAGAGGAGCAAUCAGAAUUAGCUUCUGAGCUGAAACAGUCAGUGGAAGAAUUAACAAGUCAAAAUGAGGAGAUCCUAUCGCAACUGCAGAUGAAGGAGCAGACAUCAGAAGACCUGAAAGAGAUGCUGGAUACAAUGACCGAAGAGAGGGACCAGGUAAAAUCCUUGCUUGAGCUCAAAGAAGAGGAGCUCAACAGGGUUAAUGGGGAGAGAGCUUCAGAAAUGGAACGUCUUGCCUUUGAAAAAGAAGCCCUGUUGCAAAGAGAUGAGGCAGAGAAGGCUAAGAGAAUAGAAAUAGAAAAUGAAGAUAUGAUGCAAAAACAUAAGGAAGAAAUGGAAAACCUCGCAAGAAGUCACACAGAUGAGCUUGAGAGGUUGCAAGAAACCGUUCGCAAUAUCUCCACAGAGAAUACUGACCUUCAAGUUAAGCUGAAAGAGACCUUAGAUAAGCUUUCUAGCACAGAAGACGAGAAGACACAAUUGGACUUGAAGAUUACGGCCCUGGUGACUGACCUGGAGGUGAAGAUGUCUGAAAAACAAGACUUAGAUGUGAAGGUGAACGUACUGAAUGAGGAGGUGGAGCAAGCCCGGAAUGCGGUCCAAGCUCUUGAGGAAAAUCACUCUGAAUCCCUCAAAGAAGUGGAAGAACUCCGGACCCGUCAGGAUGAGUUGGAAAAGGAGAGAAACCUGUUGAGGUCCAAGUUAGAGGAAGCUAAAAGCGAAAAAGACUUGCAAAUGCAAAAUGAGCUCCAGGUUCAUACCAGAAACAUGGAGGAGGAGAAGAACCUACUCAAGGACCACCUGGAAGAGGUCAUGAGGGAUGUUGAAGGGCUGCAGAAAGACUUGGAGGAGAUGAAGUCAAUGAACGAGAAGAUUUGUGCUGAGAAUGAAGCAUUACAGACUCAAGUUACUCUCAUGGCUGAAGAAAGAGAAGAGAAAGUAAACGAAGAUAAUGAAAGGAGAAAUCUGGAGAGGGAGCUAACAGAGAAGGAGUCACUUAUAUCUCAAUUGAAGGAUGAAUUAUCUGCUCUUCAGGAAUCAGCUUCUUCUUCGGCAUCUCAGGAGCAAAAUGAGGAUCAUGAAAUGAAAAACAAAAUAACUUUGCUUGAGAAGGAAAACAAGGAAAAGGAUGAGAGGAUGAAUAAAAUUAAGGCAGUGGCUGUCAAAGCCAAAAAGGAGCUUGACAUCAGCAAAAAAGAGAUUGUAGUUCUGAAGGAGGAAAUAGUUUCGCUUAAAGCAGAGCGAGAGAAAGUGAACAGCUCAAUGAAAGACAUCAUUCUUGGGGCUGAAGGCUACAAGAACCUGCAGAUUGAUUACGACACACAGACAGAGCAACUGGAUAAAGAGAGGGAGAAGGUGGAGGCGGGCGAGAAACAGAUUGCUGACCUAACUAAACGCCUUGGCAGUGCAGUCACACAGGUUGAUCUGCUCACCAGUGAGAAGGAAGACCUGAUGGCUGGCAUGGAAACUGUCAGAAACUCUGUGAAACAACUGGAGCUCCAGAACCAGGAGCUGCAGCGACAAUCAGCAAGUUUCGAAAGAGAUUUAGUGGCUGAGAAAUCAAUGAAGGAACAGAAGCUAAAGGAGUUGUCUGCUGCCUCCAAGGAAGUGGAUGAUUUGACAGCUCAGCUCCUCAAGCAGCAGCAGCAAUCUCAGCAGGCUGCUCAAGAGCUGGAGCAGCUACGCAAGGAGGCACAGCAGAGCUCACUCAUGGACAUGGAGAUGGCAGACUAUGAACGUUUGGUCAGAGAUCUCAAUACUAAACUCUCAGAGAAGGACGAGCACACGGAAGAGCUGAAGGCUCAAAUAAACCAGCAGAGUCUCAAUGAAGAAACACUGAAGAAGGAAAUUGAGUCUUUGAAGUCUCAGCUGGACCAAGAGGAGGAGAAGACAUCAAAGAUGAAACAGCUUCUUGUCAAGUCCAAAAAAGAUUUGGCCGACACUAAGAAACAGGAAAGCACACUUAUGGUGAUGCAAGCCUCUUUGAAAGGGGAACUGGAAGCAAAUCAGCAACAACUGGAGAGCAGCAAGAUUGAGGUGUCUGAGCUGAUGGCCGAGAGUCAUCGUCUGCAGGAGCAGCUGAGGGCUGCAACGGAACAGAGACAGAGAACCAGCAGCUCCCUCCAGCAGAGAAUAACCAUCCUUCAGCAGGAGAGAGAUGCUGCUAAGACGGAGCUUAUCUCAACAACUGAAGAGUUUGAAAGUUACAAGGUGCGAGUCCACAAUGUCUUGAAGCAACAGAAAAGCAAAAAGAACGGGGAAAGUGAAGGAGAUGUUGGCAAAUUAGAGAGAGAGCGGAUGACUUCUCAAGUGGAGCAGCUCAGGUCCAGGUUGGCAGAGAGCCAGCAAAACCUCCAGAGCAGCACGGCGGAAUUGCUACAACUCCAGAAUGAGCAUGACACAUUGCUGGAACGGCACAACAAAAUCCUCCAAGAGAAUGUUAGCAAGGAGGCUGAGCUGCGGGAGAGGUUGUUGUCCGUCCAGUCGGAGAAUGUUUCUCUCCAGUCCGACAUUGCUCAGGCUCAGGCGGACAUGUCCUCCCAAAUCGAAGUCCAGCGGCAGGCUUACAGGGAGCAGCUCAGGAAGAUGCAGGACGAUCACCGGGCAACUGUGGAGACGCUGCAGGGUCAGCUGACCCGUGUGGAGGAGCAGCUGUUUAACAUGCAGAGCCAGAACAGCUCGAUGUCUGUCCAGUCCAGCCGCAAGUCCUAUACGUCAGACUCCCAGCGCAGAAGCAAGGAUCAGAAUCAGACGAGCCAGGGGCUCAUGACACUCGGCGAUCUCCAGUGUAUGGCCAGGGAGGAGGGAGAAGGAAUGGAGACGACGGAGAGCGAAAGCCCCUCGCCUGCGUCAAUGACUUUGCCUUCUCUGGAGAAGCUUCUGACGUCACCAGACCCCAAACAAGAACCAUUCGUGUGGACUGUGGAGCCGACUAAAGAGGAGCUGAGUCAGCAGUUAAGCACUGCCACGCGAAGCAUGGAGCACAUGAACAGUCUCCUGCAUGAAACGGAGGCUACCAAUGCUGUGCUCAUGGAGCAGAUCACCCUGUUGAAGAGUGAAGUGCGACGUUUGGAGCGAAAUCAAGAGCGAGAGAAAAGCGUGGCAAACCUGGAAUACUUGAAGAACGUUCUGCUGCAGUUCAUUUUCUUGAGAUCGGGGAGCGAGCGCCAGGCCCUUCUCCCCGUCAUGCAAACCAUGUUGCAGCUCAGUCCAGAGGAGAAAAACAAGCUGGCUGCUAUUGCACAAGGCGAGGAGGAGGGCCCUGUAGCCCGAAGCUCAGGCUGGACCUCUUACCUCCACAGCUGGUCUGGGAUCAGAUAAAUUUGUGGACCAUUCAGCACAAACAGCCUGAGCACGCGGCACGUAGGUGUGACCUGGUCCUGCUGAGCCUGUUUCAGGGAUGACGACAAUGACGUGAAGUUUAACUUGACAAUUCAAGGGACCAGUGGUUGAAGAUUGUGUGGACUGAAAUCAGACAUUUUUUUCCAAUUUCAACAAAUUAAGUUUCACUUUGAGUUUGUCAUGGCAAAGAAGUAAACACAACCAUAUAUUACUUUGUUCCUAUUCAUUAGUACACUGGAGGCAUUAUUCUGAUUCACAAUUCUACACAUGAAAAACCUAAAUACAGAAAUCUUGGGGGGAUUUAAGCUCAUAGCCAUGAUCUUGAAUCAGAGAUUCUAAAUAAUGAUUUGUGAAUGUAUGCACUUUAGUUACACUGUCAAGUUUGUUGACAGUGUAAGUAUGUUGUAUGGCUAAUUGAUUGCGCUAAUAAAGUAUAGUUUUACCUAAUACUCCUUAUUAAGUUUCACUUUUAUAGUUUUAAGUAUUGUAUUUGCAUUCCUUCAUUCAAUGUCUCAGUUUUUACUAGGUUAAAUCUUGAUUUCAGAUGUAUCUAACAUACCUAGUGUAGAUUUACAUCAUUUAUUUAGCAUGUCUUGGUGUUUCACUCCAUUGAAAUCUCUGUUUUCCUUUGCAUCAUCGUUUUAUUAUCUAUACCAAUUUACGUUCCAGCAGCAAAAUACACUUACAUACAAUUACAAUUACAAUACAAUUAUAGCAAUGUCAAAUGUAAGUUAAAUUAAUUCCUUCUCAAAAGUGACUCUGUGUCUUUUGUACCCUAAAAUGCUCCAUGUUUUGUUGUUUAAUUCUUAUUUAAUGUAAUGUUUAUUUUAUCUGUUUUGGGAUGACUUUUUUGGGUCAGUCUUUUCGCCUUGACAACAGAUUAUCUGGUCCCUGGUUUUCUCUUUCACUGGCAGCUUUCUGUGAAUUCUUGAGCAUAAAUGAAUGUAUUUUUGACUGGUUUUGGUGAGUUAAUGGAGACAGGGCUGUAGUACAACAUCAAUUGAUUAUGAAAUGAUGUCCAAGUGGUUGUUCUUUCACAACUAUUUCUGUUCCUCUCAUAAACAAUAAAUGGAUAGAAGGUUUGAGUUGUUCUUU